GAAAGGGGGCGGGGCAUCGGUAGCCGUUGCCCGCGCGCGGCUGUGCGCGCUGGCGACCUCCUCUCCGGGUUCGGUCCAGGAGCAACCGACGUCGCUGCUCCCAGCGGCCGUUGAGGGGCGGGCGCUCCGCUCGUAAGAAGGCGGAGGGGGGGGGGCGUGAGAGUAGAAGCGGCUGUUGUGAGAGAGGCGUUUCGCGCCUGAAGUGGCCGCCGCCGCUGCCGCCGAACAAUGGACGAGCCUAUGGCGGGAGCAGGGCCCACCCCGGCCGGUCCUGUCGCCAUGGGUGGAGAAAACGAGGCUGAAAGCCGGCAAGGCCCCGCGGACCGGGCCGACGGAGAGUCGCGGCUCAACCUGUUGGACACUUGCGGGGUGUGCGGCCAGAACAUCCAGAGCCGGCGGCCCAAGCUGCUGCCGUGCCUCCACUCGUUCUGCGUGCGCUGCCUACCCCCGCCGCAUCGCUACCUCAUGCUGCCGCCUCCCGCCGCGCCUUCGCCGGGAGCCGGCGGCCCCAAAGACCCGCCGCUGCCUCCGCCGCCACCUUUGCUUCAGCCUUCCCCGGCCCCCUCGUCGCCCGUCGCCACGCCGCCCUCGCCGCUGCACUGCAACCCGGGUAAGGAAGCCCGCGCGGCGGCCGUGUCACGACUGGGGGUGAGGAGGAGGAGGAGAAGAGCUCGUAGUUACCUCAGAGCAAGGCGGGCGGGAGAGGGCGGUUGUCGCGAUUCCUCUCAGCACUUGAUACCGGAAGAAAAGACAAACCGAGGCAGGGUUCACUUGGCGAAAAGUGGCGCUGAGGUUGGAAUAGCGCUCUUUGUCAUGGAAAUCCUUUCCCCCCAACUCCAGAGGCAGGAGAAGUGGGGAAGUGAGGGGAGGGGGGGGAAAGCAUUCUUCUCCACGUACGUUUCAAAGAGGAGUCCCGGGGUUUACAAAAUGGGCUCCUGGGCCGAGUCUUACCUCAAGUUGAGCCUGGUUCCGUAGCGGCAUGAGCUGUGGUAGUCAAGUCGGGAGCCUGCUUCGUCGGGUGCGUAAAUAUGCAGAGGCUGAGAGGCAGCCGUCGAGAGACUUGAAGGCAAGCAGGCGUGCGAAGGACCCAGUAUCCCGGGAGCUGGCAUGCGAAAAGCAAACAAUAGUGGGGGCGGGGGGAAUGUGGUCAUUUUCAGGUUGUGGAGGCAAGUGCUAUGAAGACACAGGCUCUCUGCCUCUCCACAGAGCUCUGGGAUUUAUGCUGCUGUGCAGGAAACUUGUGGGAUUUUAAACGUGGGGCGCCGAGAUCCGAUGUAAAACGCCACCUUUGGGAAGGGAAACCAUAAUGGACUGCAACUUCCCAUUGUUUAUACACUGCAUCCUGUGCUAGCAUAGAUGCGAGCCAAGAAAUCCCCGUUCAGGGGCUGGGCUCCUUAUUAUCCUUGCUGAAGCAGAUAUUUGUGCUUAACAGCAUGGUCCAAAAGGCAACUGUCUACUCUAUUUCGUUCCUCUACUGAAGAUGUUGGGGCUGAUGAUAAGCACUUCAAAAGUAAAGCUUUAGAGCUGUAGCAUCAGUCCUCAUUUUGCUCAACAAAAAUGACAGGGUAGUAACAAUUUGUUAUUUCUUUGUACUUCAGUAAGGUACAGCAGGCUAAGGCUUUUCUUGGUAGUUGUUUUUUUGUUUUUGUUUUUUUGGAGGGAGAGUUUCUUGUCCCUCUCUGGAGUUCUCAGUUUCUUCAGAAAGUGCAUUUUUUGUUGAAAAAAGAGGUAUUUGUGUGCAUAUUUCGUCUGGAUGACAGAUAUCGCUAACAUUUGUCACUAACCCUUGGCUCAUAGUAAGUAUGUUGUGUGCUUGAGGGAGAUGGCUUGUAUUAAUAGUGAUGAGAGUGUUUGAGGAUAGUCAUCUAUGCAUGUUAUAUAUUUAUCUCUCUUUAAAAAAAUUCCUUGAGCCUCCUAUAUUGUCAGGAUUUCCCACACGUUACAUAAUUUCAAGCAUAAUAUGCCUUUUCCUUACUUUAAAAACUAUAUACAAUUAUUCCAGUGACAUGUUUUUCACUCUUUUAUGUCUGUUGUAAAGGUAAUUCAGCUUUUGAUCCGUCUGAUAAUUUUUCAUCGAUAGCAAAAUUAUUAUAUUGCAUGGUAAGGAGUGAAAGCUCUUUUUUCCAUUGUUCCACUUCCCAGACCACAAAUACUGUAUACCAGUUUGGAAUUUUUGUUCUAAAAGUUCCUAUCCGUGUUAUGUUGUAUACCUGAGCUCCCCUUCUAAUUCCUAGAUCCAGUGUAGAUUCAAUUACAGUGGUGCCUCGCAAGACGAAAUUAAUCCGUUCUGCGAGUGUCUUCGUCUAGCGGUUUUUUCGGCUUGCGAAGCAACCCUAUUAGCGGCUUAACGGAUUAACGCUAUUAGUGGUUUAGCGGCUAUUAAAGGCUUAUCGGCUUAGCGGAUUAGCUGCUAAAAGGCUAUUAAAGGCUUAGCGGCUUAGAUAAAGGGGGGGGGGAGCGAAAAAAAAAUCUCAAGACUUGCAAGACAUUUUCGUCUUGCGAAGCAAGCCCAUAGGGAAAUUCGUCCUGCGAAGCAACUCAAAAACGGAAAACCCUUUCGUCUAGCGGGUUUUCCGUCUUGCGAGGCGUUUGUCUUGCGGGGCACCACUGUAUUGUAAUAGUCAGACCUGCCUGGUUAUGGCCUUUUGGUAUGAGUCAGUAGGGGAGCAAAACAAGUGGUUCUGUGCUAGAUGACAAAUGAGUGGGCCUUCCUCCCUCAACUGUCUGUUAGAAAGACAAAAGGCCAGAGUAGAGUUUGAGUGCUAUUAACUAGAAACUGGGUAUAAAAGCUGCAGACUAGAAAGGCAGAGAGAGAGAGCCAUAGCUUAUUUCUGCUGGAAUUCAAGGAGGACCUGUGAGUGAGGUGUGGAGAUUGUAAAGCACAGGUUGUUGGGCCAUCUGCCACUGAUGCUUUAAUUGAACAGUGUUUUGAAAAGGACUUUUGGAGAUCCAACAAUCAGCUGAUCAUAAGCCCUCUUUCACUGACAAGUUUUACAUACCCCACACCUGAUUGUCAUGUGACAAAGCCUUUGAGAGCAGAAGCAGUAAAGUGUAGAAAGUGCUGGAAAAUGCUGAAAAGUGCUGACUCACUCUGACUCAUCCUCUAGAAUGACUCAUUCCUUGUACAAAUAUUGUAUCAAUUACAGCACGGGUAGGCAAACUAGGGGCCGGGGCUGGCCCAAUCACCUUCUAAAUCCGGCCGUGGACGGUCUGGGAAUCAGCGUGUUUUUACAUGAGUAGAAUGUGUCCUUUUAUUUAAAAUGCAUCUCUGGGUCAUUUGUGGGGCAUAGGAAUUCAUUCAUUUCCCCCUAAAAAAUAUAUUCCGGACCCGCACAAGGUUUGAGGGACAGUGGACCGGCCCCCUGAUGAAAAAGUUUGCUGACCCCUGAAUUACAGGAAGACACUCGGAGCCAGGAAAGAUAAAUACAAUGGGCUCAGUGUGCUCUCUAGCCUAGUCUAAUCUUCUUCUGUUUUACUUUGCUCUUCUCCAUUAUGUGUUUGUAAAGAAGUAUGAUUGCCUCCGUAAAGCUUUAUUCAUUUACUGUGAAGACUCUGCGUUUUUGACUUUGCUGCGUGACGCUGAUAUACAGUGGUACCUCGGGUUACAUACGCUUCAGGUUACAGACUCCGCUAACCCUGAAAUAGUACCUCAGGUUAAGAACUUCGCUUCAGGAUGAGAACAGAAAUUGUGCAGCGGCGGCGGCAGCAGCAGGAGAGGCCCCAUUAGCUAAAGUGGUGCUUCAGGUUAAGAACAGUUUCAUGUUAAGAACGGACCUCCGGAACAAAUUAAGUACGUAACCAGAGGUACCACUGUAAUGCCAGGUGUAGGGCAGGUAGGUGUGUGUUGACUGAAAUGGCAGUCCCAGUGUUAGGAUAUCUGAACCUAAGGGGUACGGAUCCAGUCACCUCGUGCCCUCGCCGUGAGCGUGAAGGAGUCAAGCAAACACCAGGGUGGGUUUCACAGAGAAAAAGGUUUAUUGCAGAAUCUGCACAGAGACAGCCAGCGGAAUAGCUUCCAAAGACUGGCCGCCCCCCCUAUUGUCUUGCAAGCAUUCUUAUACUGAAGCUGCAAGCUUGGCUCCCCAGUUGCUCCCCAAUCAACAGGCAGAGAUACACUUCAUUACCUUAUUAGGCUAGCUAAGCCCCCCCCCCCUUUGCAGAUAUUGUUUGCUUUGCAUUGUAUAUGUUUGCAUCUUUAGCACAGCUGAGGCAGGAAGCCAGACAGGAAAGUUUGCAUGUUCACCACAACUGAAGCAGGAAGCCAGACAGGAAAACCACUGCUGGCCUACAUAGCUGGCCUGCAUAGCUGGAGCAAUUGUUAGCUGGAGUGCUAAUACAUGGUUGGGUUUACCCCCCCUCUUCCUUCACCAAGAGGAGGCCAGGUGAGACUAAUUCAGUUUGUGGGCUGGGACCCGCCACCCCUAUUCUAAAAUGUGUUGUGGCUUUUACAUACUUUGGUCACAUGUUAUUUUAAUGAACAUAAUUCAUUCUGCAAUAGCUCUUUUAGCAUUCCAUUUUUGUGACUUUCAAUCUUCUGCAGCUACUUUUUUCAUUUUUUACUAUUGUUACUAUCCUGACAUCACUAUACAUGGCUCAAGAGUUUACAGAAGUCAGUGAACAAAAAUUGUACAGGUUCUUCUCCUCCAAGAAGCAUACAAUCUGAAAUGUACAAGAACAGGGUAUGCAAGAAGAGACUUGGAUAGAAAAAGAAUGCGAGCAAAUUGCAGUUACACAUCUGUAUUGUACAGCUGAGGAAACUGUAAAGUGAGACUAGAGGUUACUAUUUAUUUAAAAUAUUUUAUGGCAUCUUUCAGUGCAAAUUUGGCUCGGGGUUGCUUAUAAUAAAUAUCAAUAAUAAAAACCACAGUUUCAGAAAUGCCAGGGAUAUGCUGAAAAGGAAAAGGUAUGAGAAAAAUCUGGAUUAGGGGAGGGGAAAGUGUGAGAAGGCAGUGAUUAGGAGAACAUCAUAUAGGCAACAGAUAAUUAAUGGAAGUACAAGAUGCUUAUUAUCCACAUUAAACAACUAUGAAUGAGUCCCUAGUGUUUGCCUCAUUGAUCUUAAUGGCACGUGCACGUAGCAGUGUUUCAUACCUUCCAGCCCAAGAUAUAAGAAGAUUGCAUGGGGUGCCUGUACAGUAUAUUGUAUUCUUUAUACAUGUAACCCUAUGUCCACAUUUAGACUUUUUACUUUAAACUACAUAUUUUGUGCAGGGAUUUCCUCAUUGACUAUUUUGUUAUUACAGGAAAUUUGCCUCCUAGCUUCAGUGUAUUCCUGUGCACUUUCAAGGACUUUACAAAUCCAUAGCCUCCAACACUGUUAUUGGGGUGUAUGAGGUGUUAAGGGAGGAGUACUGCCUCUGGUGGGAGACACGUUGUACUCCUCCUGGGGUAGUUUGGCCACCUUUGGUCUCUACGCUGCCCUCAGCUCUCACCUGUGGCUCCUAGAAGCGGUCAGCAUGUGACAGUGGCCACACCACAGAAAAUGGCUUUGACUGGUUUGCUAAACCAGGUGAGGGUAGCCAUUGGGUCUCAAACCCUCAGCAAGUUAGGAACUUCGCCUGCAUGUGAAGACAGGCCGUGACAGAUUGAGUGGACAGAACCAAUAGAGUGGUACCUUGGUUCUCAAACUUAAUCCAUUCCAAAACCAAGGCGCACUUUCCCAUAGAAAGUAAUGCAAAACGGAUUAAUCCCUUCCAGACUUUUAAAAACAACCCCUAAAACAGCAAUUUAACAUGAAUUUUACUAUCUAUUGAGAUCAUUGGUCCAUAAAAUGAAAGCAAUAAUCAAUGUAAAAAAGGUAAAGGGACCCCUGACUGUUAGGUCCAGUCGCAGACGACUGUGGGGUUGCAGCGCUCAUCUCGCUUUAUUGGCUGAGAGAGCCGGCGUACAGUUUCCGGGUCAUGUGACCAGCAUGACUAAGCUGCUUCUGGCGAACCAGAGCAGCGCACGGAAAUGCCAUUUACCUUCCCGCCGUAGUGGUACCUAUUUAUCUACUUGCACUUUGACAUGCUUUCGAACUGCUAGGUUGGCAGGAGCAGGGGACCGAGCAACGGGAGCUCACCCCGUCGCAGGGAUUCGAACCGCCAACCUUCCAAUCAGCAAGCCCUAGGCUCUGUGGUUUAGACCACAGUGCCACCCGCGUCCCUAAUAAAACAGUAUUGUAGAUGAUAAAAAUUAAAAAAAUUUUUUUUCUUACCUGCACUAAUGAUAGUCAUUGUUUGGAUGGAGGGCUUUUAUCCAUUUCCGCAGUCACACAGUCAAUCAAUCAAUCAUAAAAUGAAAAACAAGCCACAGACACAAAAAUGAAAUGGAAGCAAAAACAAAAGCACCAAAUAUCACGUCAGAACACUGGAAUCAGAAAUGGAAGGCUUUAAUUACGAUGGGAGGGACAACUUAAAUUUGUUGCUUAAGGGUAAAAACGGGAGGGGGAAAGCCUUAAUUAUGAUGCGGGGGGGACUCAACUGCGCAACAGUGAAAACUGAAGCUCAGGAGCACGUUCGGCUUCCAAGGCAAAAUUCGAAAAUCAGAAUACCUACUUCCAGGUUUGCAGCGUUCGGGUUCCGAGUUCGGAAACUAAGGUGUUCAAAAACUGAAGUACCACUGUAGUGUGACCAACAGUCAAGAAGGUGGUUGCUUCUGGGGCCCAUCAACCUGGGAAAGUAGCCCUAGGAGAAGAAAAGCUGAUCCUAUACUUCCCCUGCCUUAUGGAUAUACUCAUUCAGAAGAAAGACUUCGGGAGUAAGCCCUGAGGAAAAUUCUGUACUUUGCUUUUUUUUUUUUUUUUUGCUUUUUUUUAAAUAAAUGAUUUUUAUUAAGGUUUCAAUAAAAAGUUAGACAGAGAGACAUAAAAAAGAAAUACACAAAUACACAAUACAUAAUCAAAAAAAAGAAGAAAAACACACACACAAAAAACAGAACAAUUAAAAACAAUAUCACUUUUUCAUUUCCGUUUUUAAAUUUACUUAUUUUCUGGACUUCCUCAUACCUCCCUCUUUUGUAUUCCAGUCCAAAUUGUUUGUCCAGCAAUUUCUUUUCCACUUUUUUAAUCCCAGUCUUUAAUCUUAAUAUAAUAUAACAUCAAAAUUUUACCUCUUAAGUACCAAAUUUCCAUUUCCUUAGACUUCUUUAAUCCUAAUCUUUAAUCUUACUGUAAUAUAACGUUAAAAUUUUACCUCUUAAGUACCAAAUUUCCAUUUCCUUAAACUUCUUUAAUCCUAAUCUUUAAUCUUGAUCUAUCUAUAACUUUAUCCUGUACAGCUGGAAACCACUUAUUUUCAAUCCAACAUCACUCUAACAUUCAUUAAUUUUGCAGUGUUUCUGUAGAUAAUCUUUGAAUUUCUUCCAAUCUUCCUCCACCGACUCUUCUCCCUGGUCACGGAUUCUGCCAGUCAUUUCCGCCAGUUCCAUAUAGUCCAUCAGUUUCAUCUGCCAUUCCUCCAGCGUGGGAAGUUCUUGUGUCUUCCAAUACUUUGCAAUGAGUAUUCUUGCUGCUGUUGUUGCAUACAUAAAGAAAGUUCUAUCCUUUUUUAAAACAAUUUGUACGACUAUGCCCAGGAGAAAGGCCUCUGGUUUCUUAGGGAAGGUAUAUUUGAAUACCUUUUUAAUUCAUUAUAUAUCAUUUCCCAGAAAGCCUUAAUCUUUGGGCACGUCCACCAAAGGUGAAAAAUGUACCUUCAGUUUCUUUACAUUUCCAACAUUUAUUAUCGGGCAAGUGAUAGAUUUUGCGAGCUUGACUGGGGUUAUGUACCACCUGUAUAUCAUUUUCAUAAUAUUCUCUCUUAAGGCAUUACAUGCCGUAAAUUUCAUACCUGUGGUCCACAACUGUUCCCAGUCAGCAAACAUAAUGUUAUGUCCAACGUCCUGUGCCCAUUUAAUCAUAGCCGAUUUUACCGUUUCAUCCUGAGUAUUCCAUUUCAGCAGCAAGUUAUACAUUCUUGACAAAUUCUUAGUUUUGGGUUCUAACAGUUCAGUUUCUAAUUUGGAUCUUUCCACCUGGAAGCCAAUUUUCUUGUCCAAUGUACUUUGUCUUGUGGGAUAUCUUCAGGAGAAAAAAAGGCACCGGUUUGACUUCACCCCGAGAGGCACACUUCAUUGUCUGUUGAGACAGAUUGAUGUCAGCAACAACAAUCACUGCUAUUCAGCAUGUGAUGCUAUCAUGCUGAUUCAAUUGAGAUCUGUGUGACAGAAUUUUAAGAACUGUUAGAAAAUUUCAUCCACAACUUCGAUGCUCUGCUGAACUAAAAUGCAGUGAAGGAAUGGAAGAGAUUGAUCUGCAUGGCUAUAAUUCUGUUCCUUAACCAAAACAGUCCUACAGGUCAAAUAGGAAUGCUCGGUGGACUAGCUUUGGGGCUGCUGGCUAGAGGUUCUUGGCAUAACAACACCAAUGCAAUUAGUACAUUCCAAGUUAGUUUACUCAUUUAUCUGUUAGAAAUUGAAUGGUUUAUAUGCACAUAGUUCAUAAUUAUGCCAGUAAGCUCACCUGAGCCAUGCAAGAAAUCAUUGCUUGGCAAAGAGCAGGAAACCAGGUUCUUCCUGUAGCAUAUGCAUCUUAGUCUGUGCUAUCUAACAUCUAUUGCAAUGCACACACAGCCGAAACCUAUUACUUAUGUUGUUCUUUGAUUAACUUGUUAAGGCAUAAUUUUAAUUCCAUCUGCCUUUCUUCACUCAUAACAUAGUUAUGGUAGAUAAAAGUAGGAGCUGUAGAAAGUCUGUAUGGUUUGUUGAUUUGCCCUCCGCUGUUCUAGAGCAGUAACUACCAAACAUCCCCCCCCCCCGAUCACUUGAAAAUUGCUCAUGGUUUUUCCAGGUAAUUUACCGAUGUUUCUGACUGUUGCAGUAAUUGUAAUGUCCUGUGCUACAUGCAAUAUGAUAUGUAAUCCCCCACUUUAAUUUCUUGUAUUGUCAGAGCUACCACCUGAGCUACCAAACUCUUGCAACAAACAGGGAAGAUAUAUUAUUUUAGCCUAUUUUAGGACUUAUCCAAAUUUACCUGGUGCCCCAUGCUUUCUGGGCACAGGUCCUCACUUUCCCUGUCCAUGCUUUUGUUUUUGUUGUUGGAUUUGUUUGUUUUUUGGCCCUGGUGCUUUCCCUAGGAAAAUCUGGUGUUUUAUCACUUAAUCAGAGCAAACAUCAGUUUCAUAGUUUGCCAUUUACUCCAAUUGUGGUAAAGAGUGGGUUUGUGUAGGGAAAGCACCAGGGGUAAAAGAAAGUUCUUGAACACAAACCUGGAAAGCCCGGACCUGUGCCUAGAAAUAAGGAGCAGAGUUAAGUAUGGAUGACUUAUGAGCCAGAGAAGAAGUGGUAAGAUGCUGGGUUUACCAUUUUCUAUCAGAAAGAACACCCGGUUGCUCCAACUGCAAGUAGCCAUGGGACUACAGAGCCACAGAGAAGCAAAGUAUGACCUUUGCCAUCUGCCAGAAGACUAUGUUCUGCUGUGUUGAGCAAGCUCAAUUAGCUAGGGAUGUUGGGAGUUGUAGCCCAACUAGUGAUGUUAAAUUCUCGAGAAUAAUUUUCUGGAGAAUAUUAUCGAGAAUAUUCUUAAUUAAUGAGAAUAUUAGAGAAUUUUCAUUUAAAAUAGGAGAAUAUUCAUUUUAAUGCAUUGAAAAACUGUUUCUUAUUGGUUAGCAGGUCAGCACUGUUGACAUAUAGGGACGCGGGUGGCGCUGUGGGUAAAACCUCAGUGCCUAGGAUUUGCCGAUCGUAUGGUCGGCGGUUCGAAUCCACGCGGCGGGGUGAGCUCCCGUCUUUCGGUCCCAGCUCCUGCCCACCUAGCAGUUCGAAAGCACUUUUAAGUGCAAGUAGAUAAAUAGGUACCGCUUUAUAGCGGGAAGGUAAACGGCAUUUCCGUGUGCUGCGCUGGUGCUGGCUCGCCAGAGCAGCUUUGUCUAGCCCAUAAGGGCAGGGGUACCUUUACCUUUACCUUUUACUGUUGACAUAUAGGGAAACUUACUGUUUAGUAAAGUACCACAGUGAAAAUAUAUAAGCGCAAACCUACUUGUCACUUGCAAGUAUCAAGUUAAAAAGUAAAACAUGUUUUAUAGUUAAAGUUAAAGCAUUCUAAGGUGAUAGCACCAGUAAUUGUCAUGUAAAGGUUUGGUAUAAGGAAACUCAGUAGUUAAAUCAUAUUUUAUUAUUCCAUUAGAACAUAUGCAUGUUAUAGGAUAAGUCAAAAAAUACAAUUGGUAUGUUAAGGUUUGAUACAAGUCAAUUCAGUAAUAGGCUAUCUUGUGCUUCUAAUAGCUCUAACACUUAAUAACAGUUUUGGUGACUAAAACACAGCUUGAAAAAUAAAACUAUAUUCAUACAUAAAAAAGAAGCCAUUAACAUUAAAUAUAUUAUAUGAUAAUAUAUUUCAGUAUGUCAGUCUCCGGUAAAUGGCACCUUGUACCAUUGAAUGGCACUGCAAAAACCAGUUAAAGGUAUAUUCACCAUGUGUGUCAGGGAUAGGAAACAUUUUUGGCUCCACAGGCCAGAACCUUAUCAAUCACAUGUCGUUAAGAUGUCAUACGAUUGAUAGGUAGGUGGAUGUAGCCACCUACCUGCCAAAGUCCCUUUUACUCCUGUGUUAAAGGGAGGAGUGAAGUCUUACAAAAGCCUUUGUGAGCUUCCCCCACCCCCUUUAAAUUUAGAGCAAGAUUGGAGACUUAAAAGUAAAAGGGGGAAACCUACAAAGGGUCCCACUUGAAAGGGACUUUAAAGGUGGGAGCUGAUGAGUGAAGAUUUAAAUUCUGCUGUCUUGGCUGCACAGUUGUGUUCCCUACUGGGAGCACAUGCAGCCAAUGCAGAAUUAAAUCCUGUCUUCCCACCUAUUAGCUGAGAUCACUAUUCAGCUGAUAGGUAAAUGGCACUUUUUGCAGAAAAUGGCUUCACUGGCCAAAUUGGCCCACAGGGCAGAGAUUCUUCUGCGUGUGCAGAAAUACAUCCAUGAUGUCUAUAAAUAAAAUGAAAACCGAUAGCAUGUCAUAUAAUGAGUGGUAUUUGGUUGGGCUACCUUUUAAACAAAUCAUCAGACAAGAAAUAGUAAGUUUGAAAACAAUGGGUGAAUUGACAAGCAAUAUUGCCUGGCAGAAAUGCAAAUGUUUGUUACGGAUGUUGUUACAUUUGUCUCAUUCUGAUAUUAACAUUCAGUAGAUAAUAUAAUCAAGAGAUGCAGUGAAGCCAGGUUAUGACUGAUGCAAAGAAACAGUAUAAGUUCAAGGACACAACCAUUUUUAAAUUAGAACAAAAAUUAUUGUCCUUCGAAAGCAAUUCUGAGUUAAGAAACAUUGUAAAUGGUUUAGCCAGAAAUAUUGAUAAGCAAAAGAAGUUAAACUCAAAUUCUUACCUUUUAGUAUUAUUUAUAAGAAAAAACCUCAGUCUGCACAAAUGUCAAAACUCGUCAUGGAAAGGGACUGGGCAGGGCAGAGGGGACUUAAGCAUGCUCCACCGAUGCGUGUGAGGCUCCAGAGUGGAACCCCUGCACAAAUUGAGGAUUGCCUUUACAUAGGGCUGGAUUCAGAGAUUUAUUACAUAACUGACUGCAUACUUCCCUGAAGGAAGAUUCAGUUUCAGUCGAGUGCCAGGAAACACUGACCUCUACAUAAUUCAGAAUUCUGUGGAAUUCUGAGUGUUCUGUCUAGUGAUGCUGGUUUUCAGAAAAAUACUCUUAUAUAAAUUAGGAUAAUUUGCACCAGAAAAUUUUCAGUUUAUAUUGGAUAAUUCUUUGAUGUCCUAGGGAUAUAAUUUUACACGUUCAUUUUACUUUUAUGUAGUACACAAAGCUGAAAAAGUUGCCAGUUAUCUUUUUGACCUAAUACUUCUCAAAUAUUUGACCUGAAAUAUCAUGGGAAAAGAUUAUUGCACUUAAUAUGGUUUAAAUAUUACUUGGUUAAAUUUUGUUGGCUGGCGCUGAUAAGAGUUGGAAGCCAGCAAUAUUUGGAGGGCACCAUAUUGGCUACCCUUACCUACUACAAUAUAUAUUACUAAAUGUAAAUUUCAUCAUUCCCUUAAAUGCUGGGAGCUGCCUGUAAAAUCUGGCCAUGAGAAGAAUUUUUCACCUGCUACUAGCUCUCAAAUUAGCGGAAGAGAUAAGGAGAUGCCUGUGGGUCUUUCACAAGGCAAACAAGGAGACCUUACAAACUUUUUAAAACUCCAGAAGAUGAAGAACACAUGUUAACCGAGAUUUAGAUAGGCUGAAGAUAACAUGGCGCCUCCCCCGCCAGAGGGAGUUUGAGAAAGGAAUUUGCUCAACAACAUGAGGCAUUAAAAGAACUAAUUAAAGUGCCAUGGAACCACGCACAGCAAGAGAGGCACUAUCUGAAUGCGGGUGCCCAUCAGGAAGAUAAGUCAUAACACAGAGAACAGUCUUGGCUCAUUGUUGCAGGUGUAGAGGCUGAGACUUGGAAAAGGGAGGUGGACCAGGCCAUCUUCACCAACAGUCUGGGCUGGCCCCAUGCUGGACUCCUGCAGCCUUGAGGGUCUCUUCAGGCACAAGGAGCAGCAGCAUGAGGACCUGGCCCCUUUCUAAUGAAGGGCCAAGUUCAGCCUCCCUAGCCAACCCAACAUCGCCUUGAACCAGGCGCUGUCUGAGGAUCCCUUGCACAAAGAACUGCAAGACACGCUGGCCAUGUAUCCACAGGUGCAGGAAAAAGUGUGCCAGUUUUAAUGGAGUUGUUUAGAAAUUGUGAAAUUGCAGUGUGUGAACUUUUUAUUAAUUUAGUUUUGCACCAAGGCAAUCAAAAUUCCAUGCACUGUGUAUAUUAUAUAAAUUUCAUGAUUUGUAUUCUGCAUAAUUCUGUUUUUCCAGAGAUAGUGUGUCAAGGAGUGAUGCAGUAUACUGAAUCUCUGCCCCAGUUAUUUAAAAUCUUAUUCCAUUAUCCCUCUGUCUCAUGAGUUUUCAUCAAACUUUGCUCACACAUUUUCAAACAUUAAGGCUAGAAGCUGGCUGAAAAGUAAAAUGGCUGAGAUGCUUUGGAAGUUGAAAUUUUCUGAAAUAGCACCUUCUGCACUUUUUUUCUGUGGAAUUGCGCACACAGAGCCAUGGGUUUUGGAACUGUCUUCUGGAACUCUUGUACAUGGAAGUAGUUGUUUGCCAAACCUUAUAGUCAAAUUUUACUUGUGUUAAAGAAGGGUAUACAGAGAACGGCCAUUUUGUGCAUUUUCAAAGUACACGUGUGCCGGUAAGCCAACCUUUGAUUGUAAUCUUGCAGUAAUCCAACCUUGAUGUUUACCGGUGCAUGGGCAACUGUGGUCAAGCUAUACUAAUCCAGGAACUGCUAGAGUUGUCUUAUCAAGCCAGAGGUGGUAAAAAACACUCCUUGUCACCUACGACACCUGUUUCUUCAGUGGCAGAACUGUAUCUAGGAACAUGCCUAGACCAUAUACCUCCUCCUUCAAGAAGAGUGCAAUCACAUGCAAAUAAAUUUAGCUGACCAACUUCCCAGACUUCAGAAUCACUCAUCCAAAAAGCCUCUAUCUUGCCAGGAUUCAGACUGAGUUGAUUAGCCCUCAUUCAACCCACCACUCCACUACAUCCAUGUACUGGUCCAGGGCAUUCUCAGUCAUUCCUGAUUCAGAUGUUACAGAGGAAUAUUGGUAUCAUCAGCAUACUGACCGCUGCUCCCAACUGCUUCAUAUAGGUGUUAAAUAAUAGAGGUCACAAUAUAAUGCUGUGCAGCACUCAAGAGCCAAGGAGUUGGGAAACACCUAUUGCCAUCUUCUGGAUCAUCCCUGGAGACAAAUAUAAUCUAAAUAUUAAAAUAUUGAUAUAAUAUGAUAUGAUAUAAAUAUGGGAUCUUAACAUGUAUGAAUUGUUAAUUGCUUGGUUUCAUCAUAAGUUCACAACAAACAUUUCUUUCACUGUACAGUAUUGUGGAAACUUUUCAGCUAUUCUGUUUUUCUGUGGCUUUUAAAAUAUGUUUCCUAGUUCACAGAAGUGAAAGAAAUAAGUAUAUAAGACAUGAAGAUAUUAGUUAAGUUUAAACAGUCCACUUUUGGUUUUCCUCAGCCUUAAGUUUAGUUUGCUGAAUUUCAAGGUCUUCCUGUUGGCCCUUAAUUGAAGACUGGUGUGGUUAUUUGUUGCUUCUCUUUUAUGAGUCAAUACCUGCAACACAAUAAAGCUGGUCAAGGAGCAUGAAGAAUUAAAACAUAAAAGUUGUUUGAAAAAAUUGCCUUCCUACAUCAUAUAAAUGGACAUCAUAUAAAUGGCCUGCACAAAAAUAAAAAGAAAAAUCGUACUCAACUUGUAGAUUAAUAAAUGUAAUGAAGAAUCCACCUGAAAAGGGGUUAUAAAAAGGGGGAAAUACCAGACUGUAAAUUCCUUUUUUAUUUCUAAACUUAUUAAUUCAUGUCAUUUUUUUCUUUCUCCCUAGUUGGUGUUGUUCGUUGCCCAAUUUGUGGCCAGGAAUGUGCAGAAAGACACAUCAUCGAUAACAUAUUUGUGAAGGAUACUACUGAGGUUCCUAGUAGUACGGUGGAGAAGUCAAAUCAGGUGAGUGUCUGGUGCUUUUCAAAUUCCCUAAGCUGUCAACUCGUCAGUCUUCUCUGCAUGCCUUAUACUUAAAAUGAAAAUGUUAUUGUAGUCAUAUUUUAAAUACUAGUUGUCAUCUAGGAAAUGAAAGUAUAGGAAAAGGAGUAAAAUAUUUGUGUUGUUUGACAUUUUAUGUGUAAGAUUUGCAUCUUACAGAGAGAAUCUAGUUAUCAAAGGGUAAUAGUGAAUAUUGCAAUGUGGGAGGGCACAAGGUUUGGAAUGGGGGAGAACUUUCUUCAUCCCAAUAUCUAAAUUCACUCAUGAAAAACCUUCUAGUGGUAGGCAGGAUCAGAGGCAAAUCUGAGCAGAGCAAUGGAUGUGAUUCUUACCUUUGUAGAGUAGGCUACAUUCCAGCCAAAAGUCAGUGGUUUUUAGCAUUGCAGUGUUACAGAAGCCUACAAAAUAAGUAUAUGUGUAGGUGAGAAAUCUGAUUUCUGUUCCUCACCUGAUUUCCAUUCCUACUAGUAAUGAUACCACUGAAAGCAAAUAUGCUGAUUUGUUUCAAUAGGCAUACUUUUUAUUUCUACUUAAACCAGGUUUGUACAAGCUGUGAAGACAAUGCAGAAGCCAAUGGUUUUUGUGUGGAGUGUGUUGAAUGGUUAUGUAAGACCUGCAUACGAGCUCAUCAAAGGGUGAAAUUCACGAAGGAUCAUACAGUAAGACAGAAAGAGGAAGUAUCUCCAGGUAAAAGUUCUUUUACUUAAUGCUCAGUUCUAUCUAAUGCAUUUUUUACACAUUCUCUUCUAUGUAUAGUUUUGUUCAUUUUCAUUAUUUCAGUAUACUUCAGGGUUAACAUCUGUACCAGUCUUCAGAUAUGCUACACAAAUGCUUUCAGGGAAAUAUCUCCUGAUCAAGGCUAUUCUGGGGGCCAGGGGUAUCCAUUGUUUUAAACUACAAUUUAAUGUGACGUGUGAAUGAGGCUAUUCAGUGUCGGGGUUCACAGAAUACUCUGUGAGAUCGUAAGUCUGGAGGCUUGAGUUUGCUAGCUGAUGCAACCAACCUGCAAUACUUUCUACGGAAGUGCUGGGUCAGAAAGACUCAGCAGUAAUGUGCUGUCAGUUGAUUGGAGGCCAUCGGUUUAAAAGGGAAACCUGUCCAGCAGUAAGUGCUGGUGUAAAAGAGUGUUGUCAGAGAGAGAGAGAGAGAUAGAAAGGUCUUCCUAUUUGCCCUAAGGUGCAGCCAGGUACUCUGUUUGACUAUAUGAACUGCUUGUGUAUUAUACCCUGUAGAUACUUGUAUAUAUAAGGUAAAGUAAAGGGACCCCUGACCAUUAGGUCCAGUCGUGACCAACUCUGGGGUUGCGGCGCUCAUCUCGCUUUAUUGGUCGAGGGAGCCAGCGUUUGUCUGCAGACAGCUUCCGGGUCAUAUGGCCAGCAUGACUAAGCUGCUUCUGGUGAACCAGAGCAGCGCACGGAAACGCCGUUUACCUUCCCGCCAGAAGGGUACCUAUUUAUCUACUUGCACUUUGAUGUGCUUUGAAACUGCUAGGUUGGCAGGAGCUGGGACCGAGCAACGGGAGCUCAUCCCGUCGCGGGGAUUCGAACCGCCGACCUUCUGAUCGGCAAGUCCUAGGCUCUGUGGUUUAACCCAAAGCACAACCCGCGUCCCUUCCAGUAAUAUAUGUGGGGUUAAUUGUAGUAAUAAUUGCCCCUUCUAAUCCUAGCAGUAACAACAAAAGUUGAUUCCCCCGUUUAAUUUUGCAGAAGCUGUUGGUGUAACUAGUCAGCGACCUGUGUUCUGUCCUUAUCACAAGAAGGAGCAGCUAAAGCUUUAUUGUGAAACUUGUGACAAGCUGACAUGUCGGGAUUGCCAGUUGCUGGAACACAAAGAGCACAGGUAUUAUAAUUGCAUGUAACCAAAUUGAAGGUGAAACUGGAAGUUAGAGGCAGAUUUCAGUUUAUUCCAAAAAUAUAAAUAUCCUAUAACCUCUGUGGUGGUUCAGGUUGUAGCCUGAACCGUGAGAGAGAAGAGAGGCAAGCAAACCAGCCAAACAUACCACUCCUCCUUGUUAAUUUAACCAUUGCUGCCAAUGUGGUAACUUUAUUUUUCUCUGACCACCUCCACUAAACAGGCCAUUAACCUUCUGGACUUUAAGUGGCCCAACUUUCUUUCUAUACUAGGUAGAGUAGUGUAGCACUUGGGCAUGGAAUGAAUAAGAAGACCUUGCACCAAUUUUUCCCCAAGCAGAUGGGGGGCACACCUAAUUUUUCAGCUUGGGUAGCUACACAUAAGAGCAGUUUAAAUUAAAUGCACCCAGCUAUACCUGUUCUAGACUGUUUCCUGAAUGGUUCAGCUUUCUGGCUUCAUUGUGCUCUCUAACACAUUCCAGUGUUCCUGUUCUCUUAAAGCAGUUUAGGCCCUUUUCUUUCUUGCAGCUCUUCAACUCUCAGUCCUUCGAGUUUCUGACUCCAUAACUAGCUAUUUUCUAGCUUGACUAAUAUACAAUAUUUCACCCCCACUUCCAACCUUUUAGCUAAUCAGGAGAAGAAUGUAUUAGUUCAGUUUCUAUUUCCCCUUAAUUGCCAGAUUCCUAACAUGAAGCUUUGACCUUCCCAUGCAAAAUAUCAUCUUGACUCUCGGAUGAACAACCUGAGCAAAAUAUGGCCUUGCUCUUUUAACCUUCCUGUAAACUUUUGACCUUCCUAUGCAUAAGAGCCUUUACACCAAAACUCAACCAUUCAACAACCUAGGUUUUACAACCAAAAGCCCAAUACAAAAUGGCUAAAACACAUCCAUCUGUUGAAUUUUUAAGGGGCACACUACCUUGUAGUUAUAUCAGUACAAUUUUGGUUUUCCUCUUUUGCAGAAAAAGGGGCGGUAAAUUUUGGCAUGACUAGUCUAAAUGUCCAAAGUACUUAGAGGUUUUACAAUAUAAUCUUGGACAAUGUUUAUGGCCAUAGGCCAUACAAUUUUGGCAAUCAAAUGCUUUAUUGAUCAUUAUUUUAUUGGCCUCCGAUGACCUAUGAAAAUAAAAUGAUUUCAUAUGAAAAAUUGUUGUCACAUAACUUGUCUUACCUUUUAGCAACUUUUUUAGUAAGGCAAGAUGGGGAAUAUUUUGCUAUGUGCAUGGUUUGUUAUUUUUCUUUUACUGCAGGUACCAGUUUAUAGAAGAAGCCUUUCAGAAUCAAAAGGUUAUAAUUGACACAUUAGUCACGAAGCUGAUGGAGAAAAGCAAAUAUAUAAAAUAUACAGGGGAGCAGAUUCAAAAUAGGUACUUGUUUUAUAAUAAUAAAAUAUUAUGUUUAUACGGCAUAGAUUUUAGGCUAAAUUUAAUUUAUAUCUAUUUCUCAUGUUGUGGGUUUCAGGUGAUAUUUUCCCUUGAGAAGUAUUUCUGUAAUUGGUUUCCAUGACCAUUGGAAUGGUACUAUACAAUAUAACAGUUUAACGUGCACAAAACAUUUAUCAGAAUCACUGUAAAGAGGUUUGAUGAACUAUAUCUAAUGUGACUGCAUUUGCAUUACUAUUACUAUGGAUUAUUGUUGUUGUUUUGUUCCUAAAAAUAUACUGCUUUACAAAAGAAUAAUAGAAUUAUAGAGUUGGAAGGGACCACAAGGCUCAUCCAAUCUAACCACCUGCAAUGCAGGAAUCUCAACUAAGUCAUACGUUACUACUCUCUUCUUAAAAACUUCCAAGGAAGGAGAGUCCACCACCUCUCAUGGGAGUCUUUCCCACUGUCAAACAGGUUUUACUGUCAGAAGGUUCUUCCUGAUAUUCAGUUGGAAUCUCUUUUAUUAUAACUUUAAUUCAUUGGUUUGGGUCCUACCCUCCAGAGCAGGGGAAAACAAGCUUGCGCUACCCUCUAUUUGAUGGACAGCCCUGUAGGUAUUUGAAGAUGGCUAUCAUAUCUCCUCUCAAUCUCCUCUUUACCCAGCUAAACAUACCCAAUUCCCUCAACCAUUCCUCAUAAAUCUUGGUUUCCAGACUCUUUAUCAUCUUGGUUGCCCUCUCUGCACACAUUCCAACUUGCAAAUAUCCUUCAUAAAUUGUGGUGCCCAGAAGUGGACACAGUAUUCCAGGUGUGGUCCAACCAAGGCAGGACACUGAACUUCUGUUGAUGCAGCCUAGAAUAUAACAUUGCUUUUUUGUGCUGCCACAUCACUGCUGACUCAUGUUAAGCUUGUCAUCUGCUAAGACCCCUAUAUCAUUUUCACAUGUACUACUGGCAAUCCAGGAGUCCUCCUUAUAUUUGUGCAGCUGGUAUUGCUACCUAAGUGUAAAACUUAACAUCUGUCCCUAUUGAAAAUCAUUUUGUUAGUUUGGGCCCAGUUCUCCAAUCUGUUAAGGUCACCUUGAAAUCCCUAUUCUGUCUUCAGCGGCAUUGGCUACCCCUCCCAGUUUGGUGUCAUCUGCAAAUUUGAUGAGCAUUGCCUCAGUACCUUCAUCCAAGGCACUUAUAAAGGAUACAAAUGAGAACUCUCUGCCCUAAGGCAAGCUGUCAAAAAAUGGGAGUAUGACAGAGUGGGAGAUGGAACAGGAAAUGCAAAUAAUGGUGUAGUCAAAAUUGUAUUGAUAAAAACACACAUUACAAUAUUAUAUUGCUUAUAAUUAAUAAUUAAAAAACAAACACUAGUCAUUCAAAAAAUUAAAUUAUAAGGGAGGGGAAGGAGAUUGAUUUUGAGGUGUUCACUUAUAAAGAGGAAUAGUGGCAUGUAUGUUUUGAGAGAAAAUCCCUGACAGAAGAAUAAAAAGGACAGGGAAAAGAACAGUGCCUUUAUUCUUUACCUUUCUGGUAGCUAGUUAUGUGGGUUAUCCAGAAAAUUUUGAAUGGAAAAACUGCAGAAAAUGUUCCUUUGCAAAUUAGCGUAAUUUAAAUAAGAACAUUUUCUGAUGGCCUAAAGAGGACUUCUUUUACUUGUUUUUAGUAAACAAGGCUAAAAACUUUGAAACUAUCAACUUGUCUAACAUUGCACUUGCAGUUCACAGCUGUUCAUUUCUACUAAUAAAAAUAUGAAACAGAACAUUUUCUGCAGAAAAAUAAAGCACUGGAAAAUUUCAUUGAAAAUUGUCCACUACACAUCACUGCUGGUAAUACAAUAUGUGAAAGAAGCAUUUUUUUGGUAUUUCACUUUUAUCCAUAAGGCUGAGGGUCUUAAUGUUUAUUUCUUCUGAUUUACCAUUAAAGUUCAAACAUUCAAGAUUCAUAGAAUCAUAGAAUUGUUAUAGUAAGAAGGGACAAUUCAAAGGUUUUCCCAAAGGCUCAUGAAGUUGAUUGGACAUAAUCCAGCAAAUGCUAGUCGCAACAAAAAUCCAGUUGAAAUAAGUGGAUCUUGAGUUCGUGGCUGUUUCAUUCCAUUUAUUUCCUAGGGCUUAGUUAGGACCAAGUUUACUAGUUUCCAAAGAUUUCAGAAUAAGUUAUUUUGCACAUUUCCCAUGUUGAGCAUAUUAAAGAGCAUUUCUGUUUUCCACCUUUUUAGGAUUCAUGAAGUGAAUCGGAAUCAAAAGCUGGUGGAACAGGACAUUAAAGUUGCUAUUUUCACAUUGAUGGUAGAAAUAAACAAAAAGGGGAAAGCUCUACUCCAUCAGCUUGAGGUAAAUUAUUCUUUACUGAGGGGCAACAUUAAGACCCCACUCUGACAUACUGCACAUUUUUUUAAUCACUUUGCAGUAAUAUGUACUGCUAAAUAGAUCUGAAUGUAUUUAUCAUGCUUUAUUAAAUGCAUUUGUUAUACUUUAUUAAAUUCUUUUCAGAAGAACAAUUUGAAAGAUUUCAAAAUCUUCUUCUUCUGCAUAGGAGGGAUUCCAUAUUGAUAGACAAUCCUGUAAUUUUUUAAAACUCCAUUGUAUGUCUUUGAAUACUACCCAUGCAAACACAGUCAGAUAUUGUGUAUGUCCUUUCACACUAGGGAUGUGAUUACUUUGGAUAAUUUAUAUUUACAUUGAAAACAACUUGUUGCAGUGUGGAGUACUCCUGCUUAUUUGUUUUUUACAGAAAUAUGUUUAGAGCGUAUUUAAGCCUUUAGCCUUCCCACAUUAUAAAAUACAUCAGAAAUCACCAAACAAAUAUUUAUAAAAAGUAGGAAAAACGGCAACGUUAAAGCAUAACAGAGACAUUUCAGUAAGUUAGCAUAACACAUCUUCAAACAGCUCAGUUUCAAAACCAACAGCAGUUAAAACAGAACAAAUGAAUCCAGUUUUAAAGACUUGUACAGAAAAAUCCAUACACAAUUACGGAGAGAAAUGCAUAAAGCUUUGGGCAGAGUGGUCACCACCAAAAAGCCCUCUCAUUCUUACCAACCUAAUUAACCUUAGCAACGAGCCUGUGAGCAGGGCCUCUGAAGUACUCUUUAUGUACAUACAGCACAUCGUAUGAGUAAGGUUGGUCAUGAUCUUUACCUAGUUACUCCAUUUCCAUCUCUGCCCCCUGUCACCUGCAUUCUGUGGCCAUUGAGCAUGUUAGAUGCUUCUGACUGUUUAGGGGUUUUCUCCCCUUGUGUCCUUUGUGUAUCUGUGGCUUCAUUUUGGCUGCAUGAGGUUCAAAUAACAUAAUUUGCUAUUUGUAUAUUUGACAUUUGGCAUUGGAAUGCUGGGCCAUUGUAACUACACUUUGGGCUAACAUCUUCCCUUGGCUGCCCACAUCACUGCAGGUAAAAUGCAGUGAGAGAAGCAGGAUAUCUUCUCUUGUGUUUGAACAAGAUGUAAUACCAAACAAAAUGCAUAACUACUUUCUUUCCCCAUGGAGGGAUGUUGGGUUGAAAUAAACGACAGACGAGUGACAAGUGUCAUAUGGGAGGCAUCUGCCGAGCAUGUCUCGGCGAGUCCCUUUUAUUGAAUAUUACAGCAUUGCCACAUAUGUGCUUGUUGCUGAUUGGUUAACACAAAUACAAUGCAAGGGCAUUAAUCAUCAAUAGAUUAAAGGUUGGGAAAGGGAACACAUGGUUAGACAGGUAUGAAAACCUCCUUAUUAAACUAUUACUAGUGAUUGAUAUUGCAUGACUUGAAAGAGCAUAACAAUCGCAUUCCGUAGAUGUGGUCAACAAUGCGUUAAGAACAGGUCAGGGUAUGAUGUUUCAUGAACUCAAUGUGAACUGAACAUUCUAGCAGAACUUCCCAUCAGAGGGAUACUCAUUUUCAAGGCCCACUACUGAUCAUUUCCCAGGUAUAAAUCAAAGGAUCAAAACAGCAUUUGAAGAGGCUCAUUGUAUUCCAUUAUCAGCAGAGAUUAUCUUGAGCUGUGUUAGGCUUUAGAUUUAUCGAUUUUGCAGCAACAUUCUUCAAUUUAUAUACAUGUAUUAGCAAUAGGCUUAUGCAAGCAUAAAAAUACGUAUAAAAUGGCCAUAAGAGCUUAUUUAGGGUUGUUUUCAGUAUCAGACCUCUGUAUUAUACACUCGAAGCUACUAACAUGAGUUUGACCAAACUGCAGUGGAAGACGGGAGUGCCUGGUGUGCUCUGGUCCAUAGGUUCACGAAGAGUCAGACACAACUAAACAACAACAAAUUAUACACUCUAGUUCAGGAAGCCUGACAUAAGUAAGGCAGGUAAAUGUCUGGUUACUGAAACAGAGGUACAAAGAUACCAAAUGAAAGUACCGUAUUUUUCCGUGCAUAAGAUGCCCCAGUGUAUAAGACACCCCUACUUUUGGGACCCCAAAUUUAGAAAAUGGGCAUAUGCACUAUCUCUGUAUAAGACUCCCCCAGAUUUUUAACCAUACAGUGGUACCUCGGCUUAAGAACUUACUUCGUUCUGGAGGUCCGUUCUAAACCUGAAACUGUUCUUAACCUGAGGUACCACUUUAGCUAAUGGGGCCUCCUGCUGCUGCCGCCGUGCUGCCGCCAUGCGAUUUCUGUUCUCAUCCUGAAGCAAAGUUCUUAACCCGAGGUACUAUUUCUGGUUAGCGGAGUCUGUAACCUGAAGCAUCUGUAACCUGAGGUACCACUGUAUUUUAAAGUAAAACAACCUAGUCUUAUAUCUGGAAACGUAUGGUACAUUCUGUGGUUAAAAACAGGUGCAAAGAAUUAUUGAGAGAACAGUGUGGUUAAAAAGGUGUCUGUUUCCAUGAGCUUGUGUUCAAGUAGUCACUGAAAACAGGAUAUAGCAUUUAGAACCUUGAGCACUAUUUAGAAAAAAACCACUUUGUCAUUUUAAGGAUGGAAAUGUUAUUUAACUUAAAUAGGCUUCUCAUAUAAAUUUAUAGUCAUACAGUAAGAGGGUAUAAAAAGCAGAACUUGGUCUUUGUUUACCACCAUUUCUUGGACAAUCAAGGUAGACACUGUUUGGGCAGAUCUGGGCAGGUGUGGUCUUUCAUCGAUAAAGAACUUUGCUUUUCUGCUUUGUUUCUAAGUUCGUGAGUUUUACAUUUUUGCAGUGGAAGGAUGUGAUUGUUUACUUGUCUAUUUUCUGAUGUUAAAUAAAAGCACUCUGUUGGGCAUUAUCUGCCUGUGUGUCAAUCAAGUGUGAUCUAGUAUUGCCUAGAUUCCGGGAGCCUACAUAUUGAAACAGAUAGCUAGGAACUUGGGGUCUGUGCCUCUCUCUCAGCCCCUGGAUUUUUCACAACCUUCUUAGCACUUACAACUUCUCUUUCAGAGUGCGCUCAUCAUUCAAAUGAUCACUUCUAGCACAUCACUCUUCUAGCAUACCACUUUGAGUCAAAGGGUAGCUAACAAAGGGUAGAAAUCAAAGGGUUUGAAUAGUAAUAAGAUGUAAAAGACAAGGCUUACUUGUGUUUGAUCACUUGAAGAGUGACGCACAACUCGAGUAAUGUGUUAGUGGCAGUUAACACUUUUUAUGAACACAGCUGUUCCUGUAUCUUCUCUGAAAAAUUCAACUGUUUGUUUUGGCAAAAGAACUGAUGAGUGUCUGGGUUUGUCCCUUGCAGUGUCUAGCUAAAGAACACCGAAUGAAGCUUGUACAGCAACAACAGGAAGUGGCAGGUCUUUCUAAGCAACUGGAACAUGUCAUGGACUUUUCUAAAUGGGCGGUCGCCAGUGGUAGCAGCACCGCAUUACUGUACAGCAAACGCCUAGUAAGUGUUGGAAGUUGGGGUGCAACUUGCUUGCAGAGAAGAGUUUGCAUGGGACUAAAAUAGAGUAAGAGAGCUUCAGUUUCCUUCACUGUCUCUGUCCCUUUGAUCUCGAUGCUGACCUAUCCUUUGAUCUUGUCUGAUAUUGUCAGGUUGCCUUCUCUCCAAUUUACGCCUCUCCAAGACACAAAGGUGCAAGCACGGCCACCUUUGUUUUCUCCAACUUAGGAUAGAUUUUCUAAUUCUAAAUUAAACUAUCCAUGUUAUGUAUUUCUUAUAAUAAAUGAUUUGUUAUUUUUCCUCAACAAGUGUCUCCACAUGUGUGAUUGCAGCAGGCAAACUUAGUAUCUAACCAGAUUCACAAGCUAGCCCCCACACUCUGUGCAUACAUUUCAAGAGUAAGAAUAGAGAGCUACUGGACUUUUGUCUAGGAAAGCCAUAGUCAUGGCAAGUUGAUUACAAAGACAAUGUGCUCUCAGCAGGAUAUGGGAAAGCAAGGGUCUGCUGAACAGUUAUUUAUAAACGUGCUACUGUUGUUCCUAUUUCUACUAUGAAAGCAUGCUAAAAACUAGAAAGAGUGCUUAAAAAUAAACUGGGCAAGCAGGGAUUAAAAAUGUAAUGCAUCAGUUUAAUAGUCAUCUUUUUAGAUGCAUGUAUUAAUGAGCUGGGAUUGACCAGGUGAGCAUGCACCUGAUGGCUAACAUGGGUUUACCACUGGAAGGGAUGAAGCAGUCCAUUCAGCAGCAGUGUGGGGAGAGGGGGAGUCACAGCAGCAUCUUUGUGGUGGCAGUGCUAAAGCUGUGUGUACACCUGUGUAGCUGCCUGCAACCCAAUGCUCCCUUGAUCUUGCUGCCUUCUUGCCCUUGUCUUGGCAAGUGUAGCACCUUUACAUGAGAAAAACCCUUUUGUCUCAAAUCCACAAGUGAAAGCAUUGAACCUUUGAUGCAGGUCAGCAGUUUCACAUUGCCCCUUUGAAGUCCCCCUUUGAAGUUGCUUUGUUCCAGCAAAGCCACAUAAAGGGCAGUUGUUCAAUCCAGAAAGAAACAAGAAACUGAUUAUUAUAUAUUUUUUUAAAAACCACAAUAACCAGGUUUUUUAAAAAGUGUAGCACCAUUAUCCCUGGGAGGGCACAGCUGCCACUUCACCUCCAUCAUGCACCACUGCUGAAUCUAAGUUAAAUAAAUUCAGUCAAAGUAUCUCCUCUCUCAGUUGUUACAUCAACUUAUAGCCAAAGCUUCCUGUAUUAGACAUUUUUGUCUUUCAUUUUUAUUAUUAGCUGUUUAUUAUUACAAUACUAUAUUAUGUAUUUAUUUCUGUUUAUUAUUAGCUAGUGUAAGUUGUAUCUUAUCUGUCAUGCUAGUGCACAGUUUUGAAAGAGUUCCUGUUGCAUUUCCAGGAGUGAUGCUGUGUAUUCUAAUUUAAAUAAUAGUAUUUUUUUAAAAAAAACAAUACUAUUUGUGUCAUGGGAAUUCAUGAAAUGUAAUAUUUUUGUUAAUAAAACUUUGCUAGGAGAAUGUGAGAAACAUGCUAUAUAUUUUUUAUCAAUUUUAGGGGGGUAUCAUGGGAAAAAACAGCCUUUAUGUGGAACACUUUCCCCAGAUAACAGCAGAAAAAGUUGAACUUUUUCAUACAUCAUUCCUGAUUUAUUCUAGAUUACAUAUCGAUUAAGAUACCUCCUUAGAGCAAGGUGUGAUGCCUUACCAGUGUCUAAUACCACCACCGUGUUUCACUGUGAUCCUAGCUUCUGGGCCCAAAAUAUCUUCAAUUUAGGUAUGGUACAUUUCCAUGUACAUCUUUGUUAGUCUCUUUGUUAGAAACUGUUGAUGUUACUAAACAUGUUUACUCUCUGAAAUAACUGUUGGCAUUGAUUUCUUUUAAGCGGUGUCUUAGGAAUGGUUAGAGAACACAUUCCCCCUCCAAACUUGAUACCCUUCUUAGGAUAUAUCUUUUUCUGUUAUUUUAUACUUCUUCCCUCCACUUUGGGAUUAUGAACAAAAAAGCCUCCACUCAUGAUGAAUUUCUACAUAGAGAUAUCAUUUAUUGACAGGACAUUUUGUGUUCUUUGUGUAUGCUCCGAAUACACACAUCUGUCUUGUUGCCUGUGCAGGCGGUAGGAAUCCCCAAUUAGAUUUGUACUGCAUGCAUAAGCACAUUGAAAAAAUGUGCUGUCACACGACACAUGUAUGUAUCAAGUACAUUACAUUUCAAAGAUGGGGGUAGGGAUGUUCAAGGAAUCAGAUGGGGUGUGUAUUUCCAAAGCAAACUCACCUGAUCUGCAUAUCCCCGACUGGAAUAUGAUUCUUUUUAGAAUCCACACACACAAAAGAUUCUAUGGCAUAGUCCAAGGGCAGACUCUCAGUGUUUGUUUUUAAUAGGUAGUAGCUGCCUGGAGUGGCUAGAAAGUAUGUUUCCUGUUGUGCACAUUGAAAAUUGGGGCACAAAUGCUCUUAAGAACAAUGGGGGCAUUAUGUUCUGUCCCACCCAAGGACUUUGUACAGAUAAAGAAUGUGCUUGCAUGGAUCUAAAGCAAUUUUUGCUCUGUUCAGGGUGGAGGUCCUAGACAAGACUUCAGUGUAGUAAACCUUCAGUUUGUUGGUUUAGCAGCACACUAGUUCCUCCUUUUACAGAUGUCACGUUAAGGUGGAGCAGGGUUAAUCUCUCUGCAUCAGUAUACAAAAAUAUAGGAUCCAGGAAGGUGCCUCAGACAUGCAGAUUUAGAUAACACAUUUCUUCUACUUAAUAAGACCAGUUCAGCAUUACAGAAAAUAAAGUGAGGUUAGUCAAUAACAUGUAAAAACAUAGUAUAAUGAGGUAACUCAGAAACAAAGCAUUACAGAAAUCAGACCAAUCAAAUAGUUGAGGUACCUUUCUUCAUUACCUGGGUGCAAGCUGUGAGUCUCAGAAAGAGAGGACUGAAGAGAAUCUCAAAGGAGGGAAUGUUUAUACUAAAUUCCCCCAUGAAGAACAAAAAUUUGAUACUUUUGUAAAACUGACACAGUUUGGGGUGGGGGAACUAUUCUAAGUUACAUCAAAAUUUCAAUUCCAUAAGGUAUUUAGGCUAUAUAUGUGAAAGGAAUAGGAUAAAUUCCAGAUUCAAAUUCCAUAUCUUUAACUCAAACAAGAUUCUUUUAGACAUGGAAAAAUAUGUGGAGUGCAUCUCAGCAUACUAAAAGUUAUCAAUUAGAGAUUCUACUGUAACUUGCUAUAUCUGUGAAAACAGUAUUCCUGGCUAAUUGGGUUCAAUUAGUAAUUUGUUGUUUUGCGACACAUGCAAUAGAGGUUUGUCAGUUCAAGGUUUUAUGGAUUUACAGUAGGGAACUGCUUAAAGUUUCAUUAUUUUAUGGCAGGGCAAAAGUUACAUUGUUUUAAGAUAAGGAAAAGGAAACCAUAGGAUUGAUAUGUGAGCACAGCUUGUCUCACCAGUUAUGAUGCUCUGUAAAAUGUUCAGGACAUCACAAAGAUACAAAGAAUGCCUUCAUUCCCAGUGUAACAAGCUGAAUUGUACUUCAUUAGGUUGAAGGACAUUACUUAUCUUGAGUAUCAGCUAUGAGGUCCAAUCCAUUGAGCAAUGUCAUCCAAGGCAGGAAGGAUGUGCAGAAGUGGAAUUACUUGCCACAGAUCAGUAGGCCAAUUAUCUUUUUUCUAUACAAAGUCCCUAGGAUGCACAGCAAAUCAUUGUGUCCUGCCACUUUCAGGGGCAUUAAUGCCAACUUUUUCAACUUGCACAGCAUGUUUCUAGCACUUCCAGGCAACUAUUACGUGUAAAGAGAGAGAAAAUGUUUAAAGUUGGCCCUAUGGUAACCUUGUAAAUAUUUUUAAUGUCUUUUUAAAUGUAAUUCAUUCUGAUUUUUUGAAAGAAAAAGAUCUACACAUUAAAUGCUAAAGUGGGAAGGAGGAGACUUUGUUGUGAUCAAAUAAGAAAAGGACACAGACUGAAUUUAGGCUGAUCCAUUAAUCCCUACAUGGAAGUGACAUCCUGUAGGAAAUUUGCCAUGAUGAAGUGGCCAUCAGUGUCUUGGAAUGAGUUAUAGAAUUGUUGAGUUGGAAGGGACCCUGAGGGUUAUGUAGUCCAACCCCCUGCAUUGCUAGGUUAAGAGGAUGACCGAUAAGUACAUACUUAUCAGCUCGUAAAUAUCUGACCAUUAUCUGACUACAUUUGUGUUGGUCUAGGCAGCUAAAUAAAAGUGUAUGUGAACAACUUAGCUCCAGAGUUAACAGAAGGGUUUUUAGUUUAGAUAUUUGGCAAUGACACGUGCCAGAAAGGUUAAUGUGGCAGAGGGCAUUGCCUAAUGGUAGACAGUAAAUCCUUAACUUGUAAAUAUAAUUAUUUUUAUCCAGGUUCUCUGGUAAUUGAAGAUAAUGAGACCCCACCACACAUGCCUAAAAGCCCUGUGAUGGAACCAAACAUACAGCCACAAAGUGGCUUACCUUCAAAUCAACUAUCCAAGUUCCCAACACAGAUCAGUUUAGCUCAACUGCGACUUCAGCACAUGCAGCAGCAGGUCCUCGCUCAGAGGCAGCAGGCUCAACGGAGGGCAGGUCCUGUGGGGCUCCCAAAUCCUAGAAUUGCAGGGCCCAUGUACCAGACUCCACCACCACCACCUCCUCAGGUAAAUUAGGGCAAGUCCAGAGUAGAAGACCCUUAGCCAUUUGUAUUUUGUUCAAAAGGAAAACUGAAGUCAGCAGGGCAACCUCUAAAGACAGUUAAUAUGAACUUUAUGCAUUUCACAGAAUUAUAGUAACACCAUAUUGUAUGACCACCAGUGUAUGUUUUAUCUGUCCAAGAGUUCAGUCCCCUCUGUAGAUUUCCUAAAUGCUUACAGACAUCUUAAGGAGAUCUCUUGUCAUAUUGCUGUGUAGCUUUCCCUGUUCAAGCAGAUUGUGAAACUGUUAGUUACCAGGCUACAUAGCUUUAUGUUGAGGGUGAAUCCCACAGUACUCUAAACUGUUACUGCUCAUUUUUUGUGAAAAUAUGAGAAUGGAUUUCUCUUAACUUACAGAAAACUAAGAACAUUGUUUUAUCUUCCCAGCAGCCAACUUAGACAACUAAGAACUUUGUUUUAUCUUUCUAGCAGCCACCUCCACGUUUGGUUAACUUUCAGAAUCACAGCCUUAAACCCAAUGGCUCUGUUCCUCCAGCUCAGCCAAUGAGGUUUCCUCAAAAUCAGAAUAUACCACAGUCAGCUGUACGGCCCAAUCCACUGCAGAUGGCAUUUUUGGCACAGCAAGCUAUUAAACAGGUAAAAUGUUUUUAUUGUUGAACACCCUGCCUCCAAAAGACUUAACUGGAGUACAGUAACUUAAAAGGAGCAACGAAGAGGUUAUGGCAGAACCCUAGAAAGGAUAUAUUGACCUCAUGGAGUCCUGCUCUAACAAGUUUUUUAAGUAUUUUGCAGACAAAAUUGCUCAUAUCCACUCUGAUCUUGACACCACUGUUGAAGAAGUUCCUAUGAAGGCAUCUGAAGCACCUUGUAGUCUAGUUACUUGGAAUGAUUUUCAGUUGUUGCAGCCUCAUAAAAUCAUAGAAUUGUAGAGUUGGAAGGGACCAUGAUGUAGACAAGGUUUUUGACCCUUGCCCUUCUUGGGUAAUUAUGUUUAGCCAAAGGAGAUUGACAAGACCAGUCCAGAAGGUGAUAAAUGCAUCUUUGAAAGAGCGAAUUAUGUGAACUGCCUUCAAGCAGGAGACAGUGUUGUGACCAUUCUUUAAGAAACCUUGUAUUGCGAUCUAGAGCGUGUGUGUGUCUUGCUUUAGGCAAUCAGGACCUAUUAGGGAUACUGCUGGAUUACUGCCUGCCUCACUCCCUGCUCCACAGUCUCUCUGCCUGAGCUAGGAAGCUGAAGAAACACACCCACACACUAAGUUGUUGGUGUUGGAGGACAUGCUGAGGCCACUCAUUCUGAGGUGGCUUGGAACUUUGUGGCCUCCAUGACAACUGUGGGGCUGUCCCAACAUGUCAUCAGACCAACACUUGUGGUUGAUCACAAUCUGAAUCUGGUCUUCUCAACCGGGCAGGAAGAGAGUGAUCUUUUUAAGGUGGAUAAUAUUAAUGCCAGUUCCUUGUAAUGGUCAAAUCAUUUCCUGCUGAGAUUUAGACUUUUAGCAGCUUCUCCCCUCCACAAAGAUGGGGGACUAUAACAGUUCUACAACUUUAGUCUGUCAACAAGAUAUAUGUAUCUGUUCCCCUUUUCAAAGGUUAACAUAGCUGGAGAGAAGUUGGUGCCUGAGUGUAAACCACAGUUAACUAAAACCUGAGUGUUCACUGUAACUUGGCAACCAAUAAUUUCAUUCAACUGAAAGCAGCUUGGAACAUUUUUUUUCUGUUAACAUCUAAUUUUGCAAAAUCACCUCACACCACCAAGGUACUGCAAAUAUUAUAACAAAGCGAUAUAAAGGCAGAUUAACCCAGUGCACUGCAGUUUUAUUAUUGGUGUAUAUGAUAAACUAUUAUUUCCUUAAUACAGUUGUUGUUCUUUGUAGUGGCAAAUCAACAGUGGACAUGCUUCAGCUGCUCCCUCAAAUGCCAGCAGUACAACAUCCACUCCCUCCAGUCCUACCAUUAAUAGUGCUGCUGGAUAUGAUGGGAAAACACCUGUUCCACCUAUGAUUGAUCUGUCCUCAACAACGGGUGGCUCCUAUACACUGCCUUCUCUUCCUGAUGUAAGAUGGAUAUUGCGCUAUGUUUUGUAUCUCGACUUCUUGAAAGCUUUAUUACUUUCAUGUGUUGAAUUGGCAGAUGGGGAAUGUGACAGCUUACACAGAAAACAGUCUAGUCCACAAAUCAAUAGUAUGUCAUAUUCCACCAGUUUAUAUAGAAGUAACUGGGGCUUAUGUUAGUAUGAUUUUGCCUGUUUGCCCUUAUUUUAUUUUGGUGCUAAGAGCAGAGCUAAGAGCCUAUAUUUUAUGUGGUUAUAGUCUAGACUUUGUCAUAUGUACAAACACUCAAAAAAGAAUUCUUUGGGAAAUUCUGACAUCAAGCUACUUUGUAGUUACUUCUUCAUCUGAUAGAUAUAUUAAAGAAAAGCCCUGACAUGAUUGUCUUUCCUAACUCCAUAAAAUUGGUUCUUGCCUAGAGUUAUUCCCUUAGCAGAACAUGCACCCCUCUGCCAAGUUAUCCGUGGGCUGUCCAUACACAUUCCCUCCCAGUAGAGCUAUGGGGCUAGCCAGCUUGCCUGGAUGAUUUGUAGGCUGAGCACUUGUAAAGGUCUGGCAGUGGUUGUGAAAUCAAACAGCUAUAUUCAGUGUUGAGCACUGUAUGUAGCCUAGUUAAGAAGCCUAUUUAUAAUAUAUAUAUGCAGGUCCUGAUGGAGAUGGAUUGAGGAUUAAAUCUGUAAAUUAAAAUUUAAACCUUCUGUCCCAUGUGUGUGGGAGAAAUAUGAGAGGAAACAGGCCAUGAAGCUCUUUUUUAGCAAUUAAAAAACACUUGGAGGAGGAAUUAAUUAGUACUGAAGGAUGUGUCUUUCCUCCAAUCCUAAUGAACUACCCAGAAAAGACAUUUUGAGAUGCAAAGAGGACAGAGUUCUUAACAGGUUAAAGUAUUGGUGGGGAACUUGUGGUCCCUGAUCGAAUUUCUUGCAGCAGAUUUCCCCAAGGGAAUGCAUCUCUCAACAACAAAAUAGGAUUUCUUUCCCCAGCUUAAAGGAAACGGUGGGGGCAAGCAUCCUUUGAGCCUAAUUCCCCCCAACCCACUGCUCCCAAUGGCCAUUCAACAGAGGCAAGAUUUGCACCUACACAGCCCUUUGUGUCUUCUCAUAUUUUGAAGAUUUUUCCCCUUAAAAAAAAUUAAACCAAUACUUUUCUGCAUUCCUAGUUUUCCCCAGGUAUGCAAACACCCUUGCUGGUCACCAGAGGGCCACCCCCUUUACUCUUGGAGGGAAUUUUAGUUGGAUUAUAUGUAUGCUGCAUUUGUUUGUUUUACCUGUUGCAGUCUUGAAAUUAGUGAGUAAUGAAAAGUGGUGGCAUUGAGCCUCUCUGGCCUAACUAUCUCUUAAUUGUUUUAAGAUUGACUGUGCAGGAAGCAUUUCACUGGAAAGCAUUGGGAGGAGAGAGGGGAUUGAUGAGCAGAGCCAACCCAAACCUCCUUCACGCAAAACUGUCCAGUCCCCAAAUUCAUCAGUGCCAUCUCCAGGCCUUUCAGGUAUGGCUAUUAUUUAUUAAUAAACUCCUAAUAUUCUGAUAAAAUGGAUUACUGUUGGUGGGUUAUUCUCUUGUCCCAAAAUUGAUUAAUCACCGGCUCUAGAUAGAUUUGUAUUUCCCCUAAACGAGCAGAUAUGUAGGCUGGCAGUGCCCUUGAUCCAGUGCUAUCACUGAAGGCCCAGGUAGCUUUAGUUUCCUAGAUUAAGAGAGCCUGACAAGAGUCAUUCACACUGUUUUUUUUGUUUGUUUGUUUUUUUUUAUAAAUGAUUUUUAUUAAGGUUUCAAUAAAAGGUUAGACAGAAAAACAUAAAAAAGAAAUACACAAAUACACAAUACAUAAUCCAAAAAAAGAAGAAAAACACAAAAAAAUAAAAAGCAAAAAAAGAAACAGAGCAAUUAAAAACAAUAUCACUUUUUCAUUUCUGUUUUUGAAUUUACUUAUUUUCUGGACUUCCUCAUACCUCCCUCUUUUGUAUUCCAGUCCAAAUUGUUUGUCCAGCAAUUUCUUUUCCACUUUUUUAAUCCCAAUCUUUAAUCUUAAUGUAAUAUAACAUCAAAAUUUUACCUCUUAAGUACCAAAUUUCCAUUUCCUUAGACUUCUUUAAUCCUAAUCUUUAAUCUUAAUGUAAUAUAGCAUUAAAAUUUUACCUCUUAAAUACCAAAUUUCCAUUUCCUUAAACUUCUUUAAUCCUAAUCUUUAAUCUUAGUCUAUCUAUAACUUUAUCCUGUACAGCUGGAAACCACUUAUUUUCAAUCCAACAUCACUCUAACAUUCUUUAAUUUUGCAGUGUUUCUGUAGAUAAUCUUUGAAUUUCUUCCAAUCUUCCUCCACCGACUCUCAUUCACACUCUGAUAACUAUUGGUGCUUAGAGUUAACACUCUUAGAAGCUGAGCAGAACACUGAAUCCCUGUUGAAAGAGCACAUUUCAGCCUGGAUGUAAUCACACUGACUCAUUGAAUUGAAGAAAAUAUGAAAGCUACAUUUCUUGCAAGAAGUACGUGCUUGAUAGGAAAGAUCCUAGUUCUAAUUAACUAAGGUGGAGAUGCAAUGAAUCACGCUUGCUCUUUCAUCCCUCAAGCCAUGAAUGUGGCCUUGAGAUAAAAUAUUUCUCAUCCCUAUUCAGGGAUGUCCCCAUGCACCUUCUUAUCUGUAGCACAGGGGCUCUGGGCACUUAUUUUUGCUGUUCAUAAUUUAUUUCCCUUGAUUUCUUCUGCAGUAUUGGGGCAGUGGAGUGGAAAUCAAAAUAAUGCUUAACUUAAGCUUACAUCUUAAGAUCAUGUGAUCAACUUAAUGGAAGUUUUUAAUUCUAUAUAAAAUAAGUUUUUUGACAAUUUUUUUUUUUAAUUCAGGUGCGGUUGUCCAUCCUCCAAUUCGUUCACCCAGUGCCUCUAGUGUUGGAAGUCGAGGCAGGUAAGCAAAAAUAAUAGGCUCUGAAAAAACUUGUCAGUGUGAAUUAUCCAAUUAAAAUGUUUUUAUCUGGCAAUACAGAAAUCUAAGAAACUGAAGAUGGGUGCUGGUUAUCAUAUUUGUUUCUUGCAUCUUGCAGAUGAAUGUUAGUCCCAUCCCUUUUUUGUAGUUGAACUUGAUGGAGAGGAAUAUUUUUGUUUUUUUUAACGUAACUAUUCACUUAAAGCACUUGAUUUUUUGUGUUGCCAUGGUUGAAACACAAACUUUGAAUGAUCAAAUGUGGAAAAAAUACCACAGACUGGUUCAUACAAUGAUGUAGCACCCUCUUCAAAUUAUCUAGAACAUGUCACAAUAGUCUUGUUUUAGUCUUGCUUGAUCUUUUAUCCUCUUCCCCACUACUUCUUCCUUUUACAGCUCUGGCUCUUCUAGCAGACCAUCAGGUGCAGAUUCAACCCAGCGAGUCCCUGUGGUCAUGUUGGAGCCUAUCAGAAUAAAACAAGAGUCUGGUGUGCCAAGUGAACACUAUGAUUUCCCUGUUGUAAUAGUGAAGCAAGAAACAGAUGAAGAAUCCCGGAAGCAAAAUGUAAUCAAAGUUAUAAAAAUAGUCUCUAAAUUUGGGAGGGUAAUUAUUAAGUUGGCUGAGUUGUUACUGUUCUACUCAGGAUUUAUAUUAUGCUAGAAUACAAAGGAAAACUUCUACGUUCUUCAUGCUGAUCUGGGAAAUCAUAGAGCACUCAUGCUGUCUACUCUUUCGCACUCAAGAACUAAAUGUUCAGGGGUUUUUUAAAAUGCUGGAAGCUCUUUCUAAAGCCAUAAAUUUAUCCAGUUAUAGUAGUUGAUGCAAUUAGCUAGACCCUUACUGCAGAAGAGGCAUGACUGUGUGCAUUUUUAUACACACAUGUAUAUAACAAUUUUACAUUCUUUUCAGGCUGCAUACUUUUUUCUUUUUCCCUACAGACUAGGUUUCCAGGAAAUUUACUUACCUCAAUGUUGUUGAAUAACAAUCGCAAUCGCUCAUCUGAAGCAACCGUCUUGAGAACAGAAGCACCAGACAGUACAGGUGACCAACCAUCCAAUGGCAAGGCAGCAUGGAUAGGGGCACCUCAUGUUGGAGAAAGCAGGAAAGAUGAUGACCCCAAUGAGGACUGGUGUGCAGUGUGUCAGAACGGAGGAGAGCUUUUGUGUUGUGAUAAAUGUCCUAAAGUGUUCCACCUUACUUGUCAUGUUCCCACACUCAGGAAUUUUCCAAGGUAAAAUCAACUAGACUAUAAAACAUUAGCUCAGACCUUCAUUCUUUUUUAUAUAUACAGUCAUUUUCUAAUUUUAAAGCUAAUCAGGAGCCAUCAGUAGUUCAGAUUGUGGAUGUGUGAAACGACAUACCCGUUACAGUUGUGGUGCCACAGUUUUGCAUUGUGAUUCCUAAAAAAGUGCUCCAUUGUUCCAUUCUCCAUUCUUGUUCGCAUUUAUUUAGUCUGAGGAGUGCUAUUGAUCUAGUACUGCAUUUGUUCUGUGUUAUUGUUUGUCAUGUUUGAAAUAUUUUUUGUGGUAUGUUAUACAACUUCAGCUAUUUUAACAGAAACAUUAUUUUGAAAAUGUAAACUUGAGAUAUAUCUAUCUAUCUUAUCUACCGUAUUUUUCGUUCCAUAGGACGCUCCGUCCCAUAGGACGCACCUACUUUUUUGGGCGGGAAAUAAAGGAAAUUUUUUUUUCCUUUAUUUCCCCCCCAAAACCAGGUCGGGGAACAGUGGGAUAGCGGCGCUGCGCCUCCCCGUUGUCCCCCGAGCUUGUGGGGCUGGCCGAUGUCUGCCCGGCGUGAGGGGCGCUCUGCUUCAGGGCGCCCCAUGAGCCGGGUGGCAGGCUGCAGACACCUGCGCGAAGCACGGGGCGUCCUCCGGAGGGCGCCCCGUGCUCCGCGCUGCAGGCUGCUGCCCGCAAGCCUUGCGCUCCCGGGGCAGAUCCCCCGGGUGGCAAGGCUUGCCGACACCUGCGCGAAGCACGGGGCGUCCUCCGGAGGGCGCCCCGUGCUCCGCGCUGCAGGCUGCUGCCCGCAAGCCUUGCGCUCCCGGGGCAGAUCCCCCGGGUGGCAAGGCUUGCCGACACCUGCGCGAAGCACGGGGCGUCCUCCGGAGGGCGCCCCGUGCUCCGCGCUGCAGGCUGCCGCCCGCAAGCCUUGCGAUCCCGGAGGAAGAUCUCCCAGGUGCGCAAGGCUUGCCGACGCCUGCGCGAAGCACGGGGUGUCCUCAGGAGGGCGCCCGUGCUCCGCGCUGCAGGCUGCCGCCCGCAAGCCGUGCGCACCCGGGGAUCUCCCGGGUGCGCAAGGCUUGCGGACACCUGCGCGAAGCACGGGGCGUCCUCCGGAGGGCGCCCUGUGCUCUGCGCUGCAGGCUGCCGCCCGCAAGCCUUGCGCUCCCGGGGCAGAUCCCCCGGGUGGCAAGGCUUGCCAACACCUGCGCGAAGCACGGGGCGUCCUCCGGAGGGCGCCCCGUGCUCCGCGCUGCAGGCUGCCGCCCGCAAGCCUUGCGCUCCCGGGGGAACUUGCCGACACCGGAACUCCCCCCGGGUGCGCAAGGCUUGCAGAUAGCUUCCUGGAGCCUGGAGAGCGAGAGGUGUGGGUGCGCACCGACGCCUCUCGCGCUCCAGGCUUCAGCGAAAGCCUGCAUUCGCCCCAUAGGACGCACACACAUUUCCCCUUCAUUUUUGGAGGGGAAAAAGUAUGUCCUAUAGAGCGAAAAUACGUAUCUAUUAAAUUUGUAUAUCACCCUUCAUCCGAAGAUCUCAGAGCCACUUCUGGGCUCAGAUAGCCUCUCCUACAACUGCAUAUGCAAACACACAGAAUUUACAGUUGAAAUGAAAUGCACAUCUUAUUCUGAUAUAGUACCAUUGCAAGAUGAUUUUACCUAAUUAAGAAGCAGGAAGGAGCACUCCUUCCUGUUUUCUAAGCUAUUAAGAGCCUUCAAAGGAGAAAUAUGUGUUUUUCCAUGGUAAAUAAAGGCAAAAUUACGUUUUUCAGGAGCGCUGUUGUAGGAGAAAAGUUCUCUGAAUAUAUGCAUGUACGUGUGUCUGCUUCUCUGUGCAUACAUAUAUGUGUUACCACCUGUGGCAUGCUAACUCAGAUCAAAAUAAGUUAGUCACCCAGUUACAGAGUAUAAUGUAUCCAAAUAUGAAAGGCUGAGGGAGACAUUUUGCACACUGAGAAAAUGCUUUUGGAGAGAAAUUUCUGUUUUCUCCAGUGGUUGUGAUCUGCCCAAUGCUUCUAAUUGUAGGGGUCUCUUCCGUUUUGCUGUUAAUCAAGAACAGCACAAUAUUAAGGGCAGUGCUUAACCUUCCCCAUUUACUUCCCUGUUUUUAAACCACAAUAUGCCUGUGAUUUGUAAUGCAUAAUAGACUUUCUAUUGCUUCCUUUGACAAUGGCAGCAGUUUUAGUACUUACUGGUGUAGCACCCUGCUUGUGGUUAACGCUUAGCUGGAAUGAAAUAUUCAACGCAGCAAUAGAGAAAUUAAAGUAAUAAUUUAUUUGUCAGACAAAUAAAUGAUAGGCACAGUGGUAUAUGGUUAACAAAGCUCUGCCCCCCUCCAGCCCUGAUGGCCAGCACUUAUAUUUCCUCAGCCCAGCCCCCUUGCUCCUCCUUUGGCUGCCUCUGUCCAAUCAGCCUGGUUGAAAUUCCUAUUGGCUGUUUGCUAGAACCAAUCAUAAAAGAUACACCCAUUUCCUAUUACCUUUUAUGGGAGACAAAGAGCUAUAUUUCCUUCUAUCCAUAAAUGGCAGACAAGUAGCCAUAUAUCUUACAUUUGCCUCGACAAGGCACCUUAAUUAUCAGAUCACCUUUUGCCCCUGUUGCGCCUGCAUUCCAAAACAAAUGGCUAAAACAAAUGGCUCAUGGUAUUAAAUUCUAUCUAAACAGAGAUCUUGGGUUCACAUUCUCACACACCAUCAAUGAAAUAAGAAUCUAACAUAAGAAUCUAACAUUUCUUACUUUCUAAAUCCUUUGCAUAAUUACAUUAAGCCAACAAAUCUCAUACAUAACAUAGAUAGCUUUUUAGAAGAAAAGGCCUUUGCAAAGUAAAGGAACUCAGUAAAAACAGCUUCAAAAGAAGCCUCUUCAGUUUACACCCCCCUUUCCCAGCCAGCUGCUUUUCCCAUUAGCUCUUCCCAAAAUUUAUUGCCCUUUAACUCUCUCAGUAUACCUUAAACCUUAGGAAAAUAUGGCUAGAGUCUGAUGGGAGGCACAUGGUACUAUUUUCUGUUAAACAAUAAAUCUUACUAUUUACCAACUCUUAAUUAGUGUUUUUGCAGCUUGAUUGUAUUCUGUAAUAUGUAGGGUCAGUGUAACAUUUGCUCCCAGUCUGUAAUUCCCUUUUACAACUUUGAGAAACUUGUCUCCUGCUACUGCUAUAAAUCAGGGGGGGGGGGCUUGUUCAGGAGAGCAGGAUGAUAAACAACUGCCAAAGUACUUAGCCAGCUGGUUUCUGCCUGGCAUGAAACACACAAACAUUUGCAAAUAUAUCUUUAAGCUCAUUUUAAAAUACAGGCCUUGAUCAGAUGCCUCAUUGGCAGCUAACAUUUCAUCCACGCUUUUUCUAAGGUACUGAUGAGAAGACAGUUUUAGCAAGGGCCACUUUGUUGAAGCCAGUGGGGAAUGGCAAGCCACAUUCCUUCGAUCUUCAGAGAAGCCUCCCAGCAAGUUCCUCCCACCAAUGUAGCACUUUGCUUUUGGUGAGAAGGGAGAACAAUAGAUUCAAAAGAAUGUUGCAUAGCCGUGGCCUGCAUGCUUAUAAUUCUGAGAAGAAGGAAGCAAGUCUAACUGAGAGGAGAGAAAUAGGAGGCACUGUGAAGACAAUAAUUUUAAUAGAGCAAGCCUCACACAUCCUUCUAAGUCCCUUAAGUGUUCAUAUGCACCCUUAGAUUUUCUUUCUGAUAAUGAGAUGACAAAUGGUUCUUGGGUGAAGAAAUUCAAAAAUUGCAGAAGGCAAGGCCUAUCUUUUAUCAGUUGACUUCAUCUCAGCCUCAGUAUUUUCUAAAACUUAUUAUAGAUAGCAGAUAAGAGUUUGCUUAGAAACAUUCAGAACAUGGAUUGAUGCCUGUUUGUCUUCUCUUUGUUUAGCGGAGAAUGGAUUUGUACAUUUUGCCGCGAUUUGUUCAAGCCAGAAAUGGAAUAUGAUUGUGAUGGCCCAAGUCAUGUGACUGAAGAAAAAAGAAAACUGGAAGGCAAUAUGGGAUUGCCACCUAUGGAUCAGAGGGUGAGAGUAUAGUCAUUGAAAUGAAUUGUGCAUUGUGAAUACACCUUGAAAAAUGCCACGGUAGUAAUAAAAUUAUUAUACCCCUGUAAUUUCUUAGUAAGUAGUGAGAACUUGAGAAUAUGUCCUAAAUACAUCUUACACCUGGGUUCUGCUCUGGUCAUGGCCUUCUCGAUACCAGAAGUUUGUAGUAUCUCACUGAACACAUAUUAACACUUCACUCUUGCAAACAGGAAGGUGCGGACAAAUGAGACCCAUGAUGCUUCUUCUUGAGUUUAAACCUCACUUGAAAUCAGAGCAGUUUGAUCCUCAGGCAGGUUUUUACUCCUGAGUUUCCUUUACUUCGAAAGUGGUUUGAAGAUCAAGUAAAUGUGUGUCAGGUGUGGAGUAUUUGAGUUGUCAUGCCCACAUUUUCUUUGUAAUUUUAGGAAGCACGCUAAUUAAUUAGCAGAACUAUUCUUUGAGGUAUAUGUAGUAGCAUGAACAAAUAGCCUCACUAAGCAUGAACAGAUGAGCCUGCAUGUAUUCAGAGGAAAAAUCACAGCCCUCCUGUCCUGCUAUACUAUGCAGUGCUAAGAUAUGGUUUGACUUAAUGUACCAACCCGAAGCUCAUAUCUUACCUCCCCUAGGGACAAAUCAUAGCUGUAGCCAAGUUUGUUCUUGGCUUUCCACUUGUGGUUUCUCUGUGGAAGACAAACCAUGAUCCUGUUUUUCAGACAUAAUGCUAAGUCAAACCAUGGAUUCACUCUGGAUAACACAGAAGCAACAGGACCAGGGGAAGAGUGAAGCCACCACAAUUUUUCCUCUUGAGUUCCUGCAAACUGUGUGCAGUCCAUUCUGUCAGUACAUCUUGAAAAUUAUGUACUGGUGGCAAAAAAGGCCACUGAAGGAAAAGUUGACUAGGAGGGUGGGAGUGGAUCUCACAAUGUCUGAAUUUCAGCACUGUCUUCUGUAGCCUCAGAAAAAUGCAGUUUCUACUGUGUGGCUGUUCUAGCUCAUCAAGGUGGUACUCUGUGUAACUGAAAUCAUUUAUCUUUUCUAUUGUGCAGAAGUGUGAAAGAUUACUACUGUACCUUUACUGCCACGAAAUGAGCCUUGCUUUUCAAGAUCCAGUUCCUCCCACGGUAUGAUGGUCAUUUUAUUUGCCACUAACAUUCUGUGAGGAUUGUGUUGGCAUUCAUUACUGGUCAGAUAUUAUAUUCAUGCUUCAAUGCAGUAUAUAAUUUCAACAGAGAGAGAUGAAAUGCUGAUGUAAAAGCAGCAUGCCAUUUGAGUCUCAUAUUUGAGUACAGUUGUUAACUGGCAAUUUUUAUUGAAGUACAUUUAUUAAUGCAGUAGUUCAGUUUCUGAUCUUCUUGCAGCUUUUUAUUAGUUACUGCAUGUCAUUGAAGUAAAUGCUACCAAGAGCCAUCCAUUAUGUGUUUUACUAUGCAGUGUGUUUAGAGAUACAUAACUUUGCAUAAGCAGUGUAAUAAAAGGGAAAAGAGAACACCCCUUUCCAAAAAUGUAGGGUGGAACCUUUUCUAGACUUUAUUUUUCUGCAGAAAAAUUUCCAUUUCCAAAGUUAAUUAGUAACAAUGAAUGAAUGCCAUCUGUAAAUACUGUGGGUUGUAUCUAAUGCUAAUCAUGAGCGUAAUUGCAUUUACACAUCAUAACUUUAACCCUCCUCCCGAAAAAAGUUUCCCAAAACUAUGCUCCAGAAGGUCUCCCAAUCCUUCGCAUCUGAUUUUGAGGGCAUGCCAGGAGCUUGAGGGGAAUAGGAGAGGGAGACAAAAUUCUGUUGCAUGCACAGAAGUGUGUGUGGAACUCCAGCAUUUGUAACAGCCCAGUAGUAGGCGGGCUUGGCAGUUUCAAAAUGUUUAGAUUAGUUUACACAAUAAAAAUGAAACACUCCAUAGACACUUUCCACUUACUUUGAAGUUCCUAUGCAAUAUGAACUAGAGCAGGUUGUCCUGUGUAAAUAGGAGCCAUUAUCCAUAUGCUGUCAUUGGCUCAGUUGCAACAGCAAAUUGAUCAAAAGAUAAACCACCUUGUUCUGAGGCAGGUAUUAGGAGUGUGCUAGAGCGAUACAUAGCUUUGUACAUCCUGUGGUGGGCCCAAAAUAGAGAUAAUAAAAGAUUGAGACCCAGCUCUCUGACAUUUCUCCUGGUAUAGGGGAUGUGUUUGUGUUUUGCUGUGAUUUUACAGAGAUAUCCUGCAAUGUGCUGCUAAAUACAGUUUCUGUGGAAACUUAUUUCCAGUUAGCUUAUCUAGAUUUUCAUUAUGACACUAUCUUAAAUAGCAAAUUGAAUCUAAGAAUUUGUGUAUGUUAGAUGAAUAAUAUGCCUUUUAGAGACAUUGCAAUAACUGCUGUUUACAGUAUAUAUAUUCCUUCCAAUUAUUUUCAAUGAGAUAGAAAGAUUGCUCUCUCCAUUCAUAGCAGGAGUCAUUUGCUUAAGAUCUGCACAGUAGAUGUUCACUUUCCCAGAUAAUGCCAAAGAAGUAUGCUAAUGUAUUACUGAGAAGAUUCAUCUAUUCCUUUCUAGGUGCCUGACUACUACAAAAUAAUUAAGAAGCCAAUGGACUUGUCAACCAUCAAAAAUAGAUUGCAACUGCAUCAUCCAUUGUACACAAAACCAGAAGAUGUUGUAGCUGAUUUCAGACUGAUCUUUCAAAACUGUGCUGAAUUUAAUGAGGUCAGAAAAGACUGUAGUGUGUGUGUGUGUGUGUGUGUGUGUGUGUGUGUGUGUGUGUUUCUAGGAAGCUACCAUUGUUACCAGAGUCUAACUGUGGAUUCUAUAAUAGUUUGCAGAGUCACAUAGCUGGUAAUUUAUAUGCAGAAUAUAAUUAUAGGUCCCUUUCUUUAGCAGUGUCUGGCCUGCAUUGGAGUUGAGAUAUGAUAUUAGGUGACAGUUGAAUCAUAUAAAUUUCCUUACACAUUGAACAGUACAGAAUAUUUGCAUGGGGGAGAGAAAUGAGGACUACUCAGCAGAAGUAAUAUUGUACUCUGAGAUAAGGUUGUUAGAUCUCUCUCCAGCUGCUGUAAGUCACUGUGUAUGAACAAACUCUCUCUUAGCCAAGAAGUGAUAGAAAAUACCAAAGCGCUAACUAAGGUGCUAACAUAUCGUUGCAUACUAGUUUUAUACUACAAAUGCUACUGUCAACUGUAUCACAGUCAUAUCAUAUUUUGAUUUGUUAAAGUGUUGAUUGAGUCCACGAAUUUUAGUUUGAGUAAGAUGAAUUUUAUUCAACUAAAAUUAUUAGUAGUGUUCGUGUGUUCAAGUUGAUUUACUUUGGCAUCUGACUUACCCUUUUUUUUUUUUUAUAUGGGACUACAAAUAUAAAACCUAUGAUAUGUUGACUUUCCCCAACAGCCUGAUUCAGAAGUGGCUGAUGCUGGUAUGAAACUGGAAGCUUAUUUUGAGGAACUGCUGAAGAACCUUUUUCCAGAAAGAAAAUUCCCUGCCCAGCCUUAUUGCCGUGCUGAUAGAGAUAGUCCCAACUCAACAGAUGACUCUGAUGACGACUUUGUACAGCCACGGAAAAAACGUCUCAAAUGGGAAGAACGCCAGUUUGUAAAAUGAACAGGAUAUAGGCACUGCUAAAGAUUUUUUUUUUCAUAAAUAUUUAUCAACAUUCAUUUUUGGGAGGGCAUUUUAUGAGCACGUUGACAUCUACAAUUGUGGACAUUCACUGGGAGUCCUACCUUGGUACAAAUUUGCCAAGAAGUGAGGCAUGUAGAAGACAUUAGAAAAAUUCUAUAAAAUUUACCCUUGGUUUUUAGAAUUCAUUCUGCCACCACUCUAAAGUGACAACUGUUCAAAUCUUUUAUUUAGAAAAGAUUUGUAAAAAUUAAACUAAAGUUAGAAACAAAUUUAAUGUGUAGAUUUCAGGAAAAUGUGAUCUUACCAGAAAUUAAUUUACCAACGACAUGUGGCUGGCCAUAAUUUCAGUUCUUUGUACUGUACAUAACUGUUAGCCACUGAGAAGAGAAAAGCACAUGCUCAGAUAUUGGCCUAGGAUACAAUGGAAUUGUCGUUGCCCGCAGAGAGCUACUUGUGCUUUGAAAUGUAAGGAGUGGGGAGAUGAAUUAAAGUACUUUGAAAAUGGACA